UGCGCAGACCGUCACUGACCCGGUAGUGACGCAGAAAUGGCGUCCUCCGCUGCCCGGCUCGCUGCACGCUGGUUAGCGGCAUCUGGCUCCUCUGGACGUCGUAGCGGCUGUUUUCUUACCGUUCCUCCGAGACAUGGAGGAGGUAGACGGGCGGCGGUCCCGCAGACACACCGCGGAGGGACAGCGGCCACCCUGAGCUCCUGGACUCGCGGAAAUGUCGUGACAUUGAGCGGACUGACGGGGAUGAAAUGUCCCCAUGGCACCACCUGUCACUUCUUCCACUCCAGCAGCAAUCUGGCAAACAAGCAGGACUUCUAUGAAGUCUUGGGUGUCUCUCGCACUGCCUCACAAAAGGACAUCAAGAAGGCUUACUAUCAGUUGGCAAAGAAGUACCACCCAGACACCAACCCAGAUGAUCCAGAGGCCAAAGAGAAGUUCGCCAAGCUGGCUGAAGCCUAUGAGGUGCUGAGUGACGAGGUGAAGAGGAAGCAGUACGACACGUAUGGAGCAGCAGGCUUUGACCCGACCCGAGCUGGGGCUGGUCAACAGCAGUACUACAGGGCUGGGGGGAGCAAUAUCGACCCUGAGGAGCUGUUCAGGAAGAUUUUUGGAGAGUUUUCAGGAGGCAUGGGCUUUGGAAACAUCCACAACAUGUUUGACCAAAGGCCUGAGUUUGUGAUGGAGCUUACAUUUACCGAGGCAGCAAAAGGAGCAAACAAGGAGUUGAGCGUGAACAUCGACGACACCUGUCCAAGGUGUGAUGGGAGGGGCAAUGAGCCGGGCACCAAGGUGUCUCAGUGUCAAUACUGCAACGGUACAGGCAUGGAGGCGAUCAACACAGGUCCUUUUAUGAUGCGCACCACGUGUCGGCGCUGUGGUGGGAAAGGAUCGAUUAUAAACACACACUGUGCUUUAUGCAGAGGUUCAGGCCAAACCAGGAAGAGGCAGACAGUCAAUGUACCUGUACCUGCUGGAGUGGAAAAUGGUCAGACUGUACGCAUGUCAGUAGGGUCAAAAGAAAUUCUCAUUACAUUUAGGGUCCAGAGGAGCCCAGUGUUCAGACGUAAUGGAGCAGACAUCCACUCUGAUGUGUUCAUCUCCAUAGCCCAGGCCAUCCUGGGAGGCACAGCCACAGCACAGGGCCUCCAUGAAACCAUCAGUAUGGUGAUUCCCCAGAGCUGCCAGGCUGAUCAGGUGAUCCGGCUGCAGGGGAAAGGCAUCAGGAGGAUGAACAGUUACAGCUACGGAGAUCACUACGUUCACAUCAAGAUCAGGGUGCCGAAGAAGUUAACUCGAAGGCAGCGCUCUCUGUUGCAGAGUUAUGCAGAGGAGGAGACGGAUGUUCAGGGGACUGUCAACGGUGUCACUCCUUCAGCAGGAGGGGGCAGCAACACUUCAAGCUCUGGUGCAAAAUCGACCAGCUCAGAGGAGGGAAAGGACAAGCAGCAGCAGAAGGAGGAGGGAGGCUUCUUUUCCAAACUAAAGAAAAUGUUUAGCUGACACUCAGACCCCAGGUGAAAAAUAAACACGGUAAAGAAGGAAAGAAGUCCACCGACCAGGCCUCCAUGCUGUCUCCUGCCACUUGGGAAGUUGAGCAAGGCGGAGGAAGACGGAAGCAGAAUGGUAUUUGUGUUGACACAGUCACACAUUGUUGAAGCUGCGGUUGGCAAACAGGCCACAUAGACGCCAGGUCCACCCACAUACACCGACUCAUCACCACAGACAGGUGCUGGACUGAGACACUCAAGAUAUGCUUGAAAAGAAAGGAGAUGGCAACUGAUGCACACUGAUGUGGUACAACUGUCCUCCCUGCUCACUAAGGCGGUGCUGCACUGACACUCGCUGUCUAUCAAAAAUAAAACCACGUGAGAUGAGCCUUUAAAAUAGUGGACAAAAAAUGCAAAGUUAACACAGUAAAGCAGGCAAUUAAAUUGGAGGGAGCUAUUUGAAUUUGAAAUAAAAUAUAGUGUGAGUUUAAUUGUUUAAUCUGACACUUUUUUUUAUGUGUCCCGGUGUUUUUUAAAUAAGGUCCUAAACACACAACUGAUGUAUAACUGGAAAUUCUUGAGAAAGUUUUCUUGUAAUUUGGUAAUAAUUAUAUUAAAAAGGCAUUUUUCAAUUGAUAAAUCUCAAUAAAUUACAAUGAUGACAACAUUCACUUCAACACAUGUAGAGAAUAUAGUUGCUCAUACAAUGAAUUAAUUUUUACUCGGGUUUAAAUGGAUCCAAAUUGACCUUUACUUUCCCCUACAAAAUUAGUAGUCCUUUCAGGCAUGGGAUACAUAGCACUGCUGCUUCUUCAGUUUGUUAAAAACUGAGAGAGCGCCAUGAUACACAUGCAAUAUUAAUAAGACUAUACUAAAACAUCAGUGUUGCGAUUUUGUGUCUGCAUAGCUGUUAAUGACUCUACAUGCAGUUCAAAUUUGUGCUAUGUUUGAAGUGACAUGGAAAAUGUACUAGUUCCAACUUAGUGACAUAUUAACCUUGCCAUUGUGACCUUUCCAGUGAAGCGACCAGGGUGUUCGUCCAGACAUGAAGCCGACAUAUUCAGUAGUCAUCAGAUUAACACAAAGGAUUGAAAGUAUGUCUGUAAGGAGAUAAAGAAAAACAAUACCACUAUAUUUACUUCUCCAGUAUACCAUUUAAAGUAUGCGGGUUUAGAAAAUUUGCAAGCAUGUUCCGAAAAUCAACAUGUGUCUUUUGUAUGUAUUUUGUCUCUGAACUUUGCCUCUAUUUUGUUAAUAAUUGUUGCCAAAUUACACAUUUCUUCCAAGUCCUGCAAAUCAAUGUGUUGCCUCCCCCCCUCCAUAAUGUCCCUGGCUCUUCAUAGAUGAGGAUUACACUAAAUAUAUUCCAGUCAGAAGGAAGGAAAUUCCACCGCUUAGCAAGAAAUUAACACACAUGGAAAAUGGGAAGCCUGAUCUACAAUAUUUGUUCUCAUUCAAGUUAGUUGUACCUGUGUGUGACAACAAAACUGUGCAAAAACUUAUUUAAUUAAAGGUUAAAGUAAUGAAA